CGUGGUCCUGCUGUCAUCUCACAGCUCGUCCUUCUUUGUCCUCAGCUGCAUCAGAACACCACUUCUCCUCAGGUUCACCAGAGGAAACACGGCUGAACAAAAUGCUUUUCCUCCCAGCUGCUGCUCUGUGCUGUCUGUGUUCAGCACUGGUUACCAUGGCAGCAGAACUCAUUCAGGAGGAUUUAACAUUGACCAGGAGAGUUGGUCAAAGUGUCUCUUUCAGCUGUGGAGGAACUGAAGACAAGGAUAAAUACUGGUACCAGAAGAAAGAGAGAGAGCCAUUCAAAAUAAUACUUCAAAUUGUGAAAAAUAAUUGUAAAACGAAUAAAGGUUACGGUCAUUCUCAGAAAGAUGAUUUUACGGGUGAGAAAACCCAGAGAGGGUGUGAAUUGAAGAUCAAUCAAGUUAAAGUGGAUCAUUCAGCCUCCUAUUACUGCAGCUGCUGGUCCCACAUCUCGCCAAAGACAACAAGGCCUAGAAUAAGCAGCAGUGGGUUCCACAUCAACGAUCCUGUGGGGGCAAACCAGAGAGACAGGCAGCAGCGCAUUACCUCAGUGGCCAGAGAACAUGCGAAGAAGUACGAGCUGCACAACAUGAAACGUGGCUGGGUCUUUCAGCAUGACAACCAUCCCAAACACACUGCCCGGUGUAAGCCUCCAGGUUCUACAGCAGCUCCAACAUCCAAUCCAGCAUGUUUCAAUAUACUGACAACAGUUACAGCCUCUGUUCCUCCUCUGGACCUGGUGAAGCUGUCCUUCCAGUCUGAGUGCAGGGUGAAGCUGCUCUGCCUGCUGUACACAGUGCUGAUAGUGAAGAGUCUGGUGUACUGCUGUGGACUCUCUCUGCUGAUGAUCCUCAGAAACAAGGGAGCAUCCACCAACUCCAAACAUGCUGACUGACUGUUUUCUGAUCCUCUUUUCUCUCCAUCAAAUCUCAUCCUUUCAUCUCAUUCAUCACUUUGAUCACUUUGUGAUUCAACAUAGCUUUUUUGCUUUUG